AUGGCAGAAAACGAAGUGUUUGUCCCCUCAUCGUUGAUAUGCUACUGCUUCUAAUAUGCUAUAAUGCUCUUGAUGAUCUAGCAAGGAUUUACCUCUCCGGUCCUGUGGGAGGGUAGCGGCUUUCUCAUCGGCGAUAUUUCAGAUAAAUGUAGAGAAGGGUGCAAGAACCUUUUACGUCCACGGAGACAUCCUCUCCCGGAGUUCUCGGUCGUUCAAAAGCAUAGUGGAGGGGGACUGGAAGGAAUCGACAAACCGCCGAAUCGACCUGGAAGACUGGGAUGCAGAUACGGUUGGUCGUACGAUCGACUAUCUCUAUACCGGGGAUUACACUUGGGAAAAGGAUGGGAAUUUUACGCCGAUACCUAUUGAGGUUCCGGAGGAAUUUCCCACCGUUGAUCACUCUUUUCGUGCAGCACGACCUUUGACCCCCCUUAGCGGGCUUGCUAAAUACAGGAGCACUUCGUAUUUGUCUUAUAGUGACUCGACGGUAUUUCUCGCCUAUGAAGGAGCUAGAUUCGGGGAAUUACUCUUGAUGCAUGCGAAGGUUUAUGCCCUCGCGAGUUGUUGGGCAAUUGGAAAGUUAUCGGAACUGGCGCUUGACCGUCUGUUGUGCACUCUACGAGCAUUUCAAGCCACUGAAUAUGAUCUCCAGCAAAUUCGAUAUAUUGUGGAACUGGUAUCAUACGUCUAUGAAAAUACAUGCUUGCGCGUCGGGGAACACGAGCCAAUGCGCCGGGUGGUAACGAGGUUCACAGCGUUAGAACUUACAAAGUUGAACGCUCAAGGAGAAAUCUCUAAAUUGAUGGACGCUUAUGGAGACUUUGCUUGUGACCUAUUGUCCGACGUAACAAGGAGCCUAAAGCUUGCUGAAGUUAGUGGUGGGCUACAGCACAAGUACUUGGCUGGCAUCGAGGUUAGUCAAUCUGGUUACGCCGAAGGGGAUAUUUCCCCCCCUGCCGCAUCCUUAGUAUUGGAGCUAAUACUAGUGAACGAAAGAUACACACGGGGGGGGCACAGCCAUCAAAUUGCGUGCAAGAGGGUCAGUGGGGAAGCCCGAACAUCAAUUUCGGGACGGAAGCUGAGUGAGAGCGCACCAGGAUCAUCCCGUGCUGGCACUGGUCCAAUUGCUAACGCUCGGGAGCUACCGAUAGGCCAGUGUGGCUAG